UUUUAACGCCUAUCUCUAUUAGGUGUGACUGGCAACCGCAGCGGGUUGAAUCCUACUAGUUCAGUGUUUCCCAACUCCAGGCAGGAGUAGAGUAGCCAUUUUUGUUGUAGCCCUGGAGAGGCACAGCUGAUUGAAAGAGUUGAAUCAGGUGCAACAACAACAAGAACAACACCAAUCAAUGUGAAGAGUGGGACACAGGUUAGUAGUGGAUCCCCCAGUUGUCACAGUCGGGCCUCGUGUUCAACAUAGCCCAGUAUUUGAGUGUGUUUCCCACGCACGUAAGUAGCUUUCAUUUCUUCUUCCUCCAUAGUUCCCUAGAACGAACGCCCUCCCCUUUGCAGCAGAGGCCAGGCAAAAGCGCGCGCUUUCUGUGCCACUGGCUUCAAUCAGGUCCACCAAACGCAGAUAAUAAGAGCACCAAGCACAGAAAAUUACGUCAUUAAUUCACUUGAACUCAGCUAGCGAACACACGAUGUCUGGAAGAGGUAAAGGCGGCAAGGGACUCGGAAAAGGAGGCGCCAAGCGUCACCGUAAGGUUCUCCGCGAUAACAUCCAGGGAAUCACCAAGCCCGCCAUUCGCCGUCUGGCUCGCCGUGGCGGCGUGAAGCGUAUCUCCGGCCUGAUCUACGAGGAGACCCGCGGUGUCCUGAAGGUGUUCCUCGAGAACGUGAUCCGUGACGCCGUCACCUACACCGAGCACGCCAAGAGAAAGACCGUUACGGCCAUGGACGUGGUCUACGCUCUGAAACGCCAGGGACGCACCCUGUACGGUUUCGGCGGCCAGCCCCCUGCACCGUGUGGAGCUUCAAUAGCGCAGAGCAGCGUCUACAGCAAAGUACUCCUCCUCACUCCCAGACUACCCAGACGCCGCUGCCGGCUUUAUAAACUUCACAUAGGCAUUUGGAGGCUAUACUCCGACUGUGAAAGAAGGAAGCUAGCUAGCGCCAUGGCCAGAACCAAGCAAACCGCUCGCAAAUCCACCGGUGGCAAAGCACCCAGGAAGCAGCUCGCCACCAAGGCUGCGCGCAAGAGCGCCCCGGCCACCGGCGGCGUGAAGAAGCCUCACCGUUACAGGCCCGGCACCGUGGCUCUUAGAGAGAUCCGUCGUUACCAGAAGUCCACUGAGCUGCUGAUCCGCAAACUGCCUUUCCAGCGCCUGGUGCGAGAAAUUGCCCAGGACUUUAAGACCGACCUGCGCUUCCAGAGUUCCGCAGUGAUGGCCCUGCAGGAGGCAAGCGAGGCUUACCUGGUCGGCCUGUUCGAGGACACCAACCUGUCUAGCGAACACACGAUGUCUGGAAGAGGUAAAGGCGGCAAGGGACUCGGAAAAGGAGGCGCCAAGCGUCACCGUAAGGUUCUCCGCGAUAACAUCCAGGGAAUCACCAAGCCCGCCAUUCGCCGUCUGGCUCGCCGUGGCGGCGUGAAGCGUAUCUCCGGCCUGAUCUACGAGGAGACCCGCGGUGUCCUGAAGGUGUUCCUCGAGAACGUGAUCCGUGACGCCGUCACCUACACCGAGCACGCCAAGAGAAAGACCGUUACGGCCAUGGACGUGGUCUACGCUCUGAAACGCCAGGGACGCACCCUGUACGGUUUCGGCGGUUAAACGCACCCUUCUCGGAACGUCAACAUCCCGACUUGAACCCAAAGGCUCUUUUAAGAGCCACCCACAUCCGCUUCAAAAGGGCCAAAUCCAUUGUCGUAGGGAACCAUGAGCCACUCUUGAGUGGACGGGGAGGGAGUGUUGAAUGAUAGGACGCUAUGUUCAGUGCAGGCUUGGCG